AUUCCGUUCUGAGCUUUGCUCCGAUACGAGUAUUGGAUCGUAACGAUCUACCGGACCGACUUUUGGGACAGUGCGCUAGCGCUCUGUGACUGACCGUGAACGGCCCUUCUGCAAUGGAUUCCAACGACUUCGAGUCCCUUACGAUUAGCCCUGAAAUCCAGACCGGACCGGAUAUGGACACUAAUGGUACGACUUCGAACGGCACUGAAAAUGGAGGAAACGGGUGCUACGAUGAACUCUUCCCUGCUCUACCCGGAGGCCUCGGUGCGGCGGCUCCUGUGGUUAACGGCAAAGUCGGCUCGUGGGGAUUGACGGGCAGUAAAAGCGUGCCCGCUGUACGAGCUAUCAACAAGACGGAAUUUUUCGUGAUUUCAUCUGAGGAGCGUCGACACAAGGAUUUACCUUCUUCUUCGAAAUUCGGAGGUUCAAGCGAUUGUGAUCAAGCCUCUGAACGCGAACGAAAUAUCGUCUACAAGAUCGGAACUCAAACCCAGACAUCUGUUGAGCUCACUACUUCGAAAACGGAUGGCGUGCUCACUGUCGUCAUCAAUGGAAAAGCUGAUAGGGUGGCGGAAGCGAAGAAGAGCAUCAUGGCCCAGCUGAUCCGCGAAGCGCAAGCCGAUCUCUUGAUUCCGAAGGAUCACCAUCGACACAUUCUUGGAGUGAAAGCUGCCAAGCUCAAGCAACUCGAAACGGAAACUGGUACCAAGAUCAGCGUUCCCCGACACGAAGAUGAUUCUGAGGUCAUCUCCAUCAAAGGACCGAAAGAAGGCAUCGCUGCGGCGGCUCACAAGAUCCAAACUUUGUCUGAUGAGUUGGCCAAGAACGAUCGCGAAGUUAUUGAAGUUGAGAAGAAAUAUCAUGUCUUCAUCAUGGGACCAAGCAACAAAAAUGUUGAGAGCAUCAGACAGCAGACCGGAGCUAGAAUCAGAAUCCCGCCUCUGAGCUCCAAGGAGGACACUUUGAUUGUGAUCACCGGCGAGAAAGAAGGGGUGGCCGAAGCCAAGAAAGCGAUCGCCCAGAUCUACGAGGAGUGUAAAACAAACAUCAAGGAUACAUCGAUGCAGGUGCCCAAGGAUCAGCACAAGUAUAUCCUUGGUCGCGGAGGUCAGACCCUGCAGGACAUGUUCGAGAAAACAGGCGUCUGGAUUGAGUGUUCCUGUUUAGAUAGUAAACACACAGUGCCUCCGCAAGACGUCGAUUCGGACACCAUCAAGCUCCUGGGUGAGCCCGGGAAAUUGGGACAAGCUCUGUCUCUCGUCUACGAGAAAGCCAAUAGCAUGACUAAAGCUGAAAUGAGCGCUCCUUCAUGGCUUCACAAAUAUUUGAUCGGAAAGAAAGGCGAGAACAUCAAUCGUAUCCGCGAGAACUUCAAGGAUGUCUACGUCGAGUUUGUCGACAACACGAUCCGUAUCGAAGGACCAAGGGAAUCAGUUCAGAGCGUUCGUGGACUCCUGCAGUCGGAAAUCGAUCAGAUCACGUCUCAAACGACUUGCACUGAAAUCAUUGCCCCGGCCUCGUACCACCCUCACAUCAUCGGCAAGAACGGAGCCAAUGUCAACCGACUGAAGCAGGAACUCAAUGUGAAAAUCCACAUUCCUGCUGCGAACGACGGCAACGCCGAAGUGAUCACCAUCGAAGGCGAACCGAACGAUGUCGCAAAAGCCAAGAAAGAACUCGAAGAGAUGGUCAAGAAACUGCGUAACGAGACCGUCAAGGAACUCAAAUGCGAGAGCCGGCUCCACGGCCAGAUCAUCGGGCCCGGUGGAGAGAAAAUAAACGAGCUCCGGAACAAGUUCAACCAGGUCAGCAUUUCGGUGCCUUCGGCCUCCAAGAAUUCCGACAUUAUCACCAUUCGUGGUGAUAAGCGCGACGUUGAAGAAUGCCACAAAUCGCUUUCCGGAAUGAUCAAGGAACUCCAGCGGACGAACUACAAGGUCGACGUGAACCUCUUCAAACAGUUUGUCCGUUAUCUCCAAAAUCCGAAAGGCCGCACAAUUCUACAAACGAUUCAGAAGGACACAACGGCCAAAAUUUCUCUUCCAAAAGACGGCUCCGCAGAACUCGUGAGCAUCGUCGGCGAGAAAGACAAAGUCGAGAAAGCCAAAAUGCUGCUCCUCGAUGCCCAGAGGAAGAACUCCGACAUCGUCGAGAAAGAGAUCCUCAUCCCCAACAAGAUUCACGGCGCUCUCCUGCGUUUCAAGCGUGCCCUCCUGAACUCGAUCCUCGAGGACGCCGGCUGUGCUGCGUCCGAGGUUGACGUCGAGUUCCCACCCAGCGGGAAAAACUCGGAUCGCUGCAUCAUCUCAGGUCCGAAAGACAUGGUCGAGAAAGCCAAGGCGCGUCUUCUCGAAGAGGCCAACGAACGCGCGCUCGCCAGCUACAGCGAGGAAGUCAAGGCGAAGCCGCAGUACAUGAAAUACCUCAUCGGACGCAAGGGCGCCAACAUUCACAAACUCCGUGAAAAAACAACCGCCAGAGUUAUUUUCCCCGCGGAGGACAGCGAGGACCGGGAGACCAUCGUGAUUAUUGGUCGGGAGCAAGCCGUCAAAGCGGCUCGCAAGGAGCUCGAAGCAAUGAUCGCUGCUCUUGAAAACGACACUGAGGAUACCGUCCAGAUCCCCGCAAAACACCACAAGCACUUCGUGGCAAGACGAGGUGAAGUCCUCGAGAUCGUCGCCGAGGAAUUCGGGGGAGUGCAGGUGAGCUUCCCCAAGAGCGGGAGCGGAUCCGACACCGUUACGAUUAAGGGUGCUAAGGAAUUCGUCGCUGGUGCCAAACAGAAUCUGCUUGAUAGGGUCAAGGAGCUAGACAGUCAGGUCACCAUCAACUGCUGCAUUCCUCAAGUUCACCACCGUUCCGUCAUGGGACCUAAGGGUGUGAAGGUGCAGGCUAUCACGAAGGAGUUCAGCGUUCAAAUCAAAUUCCCAGACCGCCAACAGAACGGCGAUGAACCCGCCGAGGAGAACACGGGAGACGAGAACGAUGUCCGAAACAUUAUCACCAUCACUGGUCUCAAGGAACGUUGUGAAGCCGCCAAACAAGCUCUUGAGAACCUUAUUCCGAUCUCGAUCGAUGUGCCCGUCGACGCCAAACUCCACCGAUACAUCAUCGGUCAGAAGGGCAAAGACGUUCGCGAGCUUAUGGACAAGUACGACGUCAACAUUAAAGUGCCGCAGGCCGGUGAGAACGUCGACUUCGUGAAAGUGUCCGGCGCGCCGCAUAGAGUGGCCAGCUGCCGUGAGGAACUCGAGGAAAGGAUCAAGAAGCUAGAGGAAGACGAGCAGGAUCGUAAGCUGAAGUCGUUCUCUUUGACUAUCGAUGUUCCUGCGAAACACCACCCCAAGAUUGUCGGACGCAAAGGAGCCGUGGUCACUAAACUCCGCGAGAAAUACCAAGUUCAAAUUCAGUUCCCAAGCAAGACCUCCGAUGGUGAAGCUUCGUCCUCGACGACAAUCACCGUCACAGGCUACGAGCAGAACGCUUACGCAGCCCGUGACGAAAUCCUCACCAUGGUGCAAGAACUCGACGAAAUGAUUACCAAGACCAUCAAGCUUGAUCACAGAACCCAUUCUCGGAUCAUUGGACAGAGAGGUCGUCGCGUCCGCAAGAUCAUGGACGACUUCAAAGUGGAGAUUAAGUUCCCUCGUCCAGACGCCUCUGAUCCCGAUCUUGUUGAAGUCGUUGGUAUGGAAGACAAUGUUGAGGACGCCAUCCAGUAUCUCAAGGAUCAAGAAGAUGAACUGAUGGAGUCGGUCUCCGACGAAAGUCUCUACCAGAGACCUAGACAAGAUACCCUCAACAACAUUUUCCAGGCUCGUCAAGGAGGAGCUGGUGGUCGUCAGGGUUUCGUGGUUCAGGGCGCUCCUUGGUCUCAAUCGUCAUCGCAAAACGUUCCGGAUUCGGAGAGCCAAUCCGACUUCCCAUCGUUCGGAGGCCGCCCCUCGAACGGGUCCGGCGUAGCAUGGGGACCCCGCCGUUGAGUCUGAUCGCAUCUUCCAUUAAAGAAAGCCUAUGUGAUCGGGUCAAAGUGGUAAAAUUCAUGACAGAGGCAAGAGCCGUUCAUAGGGGAAGAGGGCGGGGGAAUUGGUAGGAUCCUAGGUAGAUCUCGGGUAGAACAAUACGGAUCAUGCAUGUGCAUUGGUUGUGUCAUGUUUCGGCAUGUCGACUUCUGGCACUCAUAUCACAGAGCGGCUAUAUGGAAAAGUUUUAUUCUCUAAUUUCGAUCGUGUGAGGGUUUCAUCGAGCGAGUGGCUCAGACAGAUCUUCUCCUACGGAGUCGCCUAUCGUGCUUCUAUUCCUCGUCUAUCGAUGUUCACACGAUCGCUUUCCUUCCGACCUACCUUAAGUGUCCAUCUAAAAACGUUUCCCCGAUCACGUUCGUUCUUCCCUUCAGAAUACCCAUAGCAAAUCUCCUCUUCCGUUCUCGAUUCCGUAGCAAUAUUUUCCCUGAAUGUCGAGACGUCUAAAUAUUAAUCAUUGAACUCUCUAACCUAACGGACCUUAUGACGGAGCAGCCCCGCUCCCCGUGGGGAGAAAAGCUCGAGGGAGUUCGGUGCAGGUUCAGGGCGCAAGCCAGGUGCAACAGGUAUCCCAUCCCAUUUUAUAUAUAUUUUUCGGGUUGUUUUGUGACGACUGAAUGUCCGAUCUGCCUCGUAAAGGGUGCGUUCGAAAUGAUGUGAUGGUACAUCAAGACUAACGUCAAAACUGCGUGCGAGGCAGGAGCAGCUGAUUUGACGAUGAAGUAGAGAGAGAAGCUGAAGAAGAGCGAAAGAUAAGGAGAGACUCGCCCCCGACCGGUCUUCCUUGCUGAGAGGGCUAUGCAAAGGCGCUACCGCAAGCAUUAACACUUAUGCAAAUUUUAGGUCAUUGAGAUAAUGAUUAAGACGGAGAUGAUGGUUUUAACCCAGUCACGUCCACUUCGGGUCUGUUUCUCGCCUCACGAAGUUUCCCUCCUCCCGUUCUACGACACCCUCUUGUCCCGUCCCAAGCUAUGCUAUCUUAUCCAGUUGUCGCCUUCGAAACGAUUCGUCGGUAUUUCGUGUUUUCAAUCAGUUAAUUUAAGCAAACACUUUCCUCAACGACGAGAAGAAUCAAUUGGCAGAGAGAAAUCGUUCUCCAUUUCCCUCCGAGACAUUUGCUUUUCGAGUCAGCGAAUGCCUUCUGUGGGGCUCGCCUAUCGGAGGAGAAGAAGUGGACGACGAAUAACACAUUCACCACCAUCCUGUAAUAUUGCUACUAAGACCAGUACUCUUCAAUGGUACUGCGGGUUAUGCUGCUCCAUUCUUUACGAUAACUAGGGAAAUAUGAUGAUGAAGAUCUUGUCGAGAUCUUGGCGCCACUUUUUCAUUAAAACGAAAAAAAGCGACCCUGACUGGAAGAACGCAAACAUGCUGCUGUUGCUGCUCAUUAAGAUAUUCACUAUGGAAAAAGGCAAGCUGGAUUGUUGCCGAUCGAUUCCGUCUCUUUUAUGAGCACCCUGGCGUGCAGGCGGACGGGCCGAACAAGCUUCGGUGAAUAAACUUUUUUAAAA